CACUGCUUCCUCACCGCACGCUUUGUAUUCAAAGAUCCCAACUUGAAUUAGCGCAGUAAGAGGUCCUUGUUCCCUUCGCCGGCUCCGCUCUCCCACCCGCAUCAAAUCCGCAUUAUCAUGAGCUCUGGAGCCGCAUCCAGCAAGUCCAGUCCGUUGGACGUGAAGCGGGAGGAAUUCCGCAAGUAUCUCGAGAAAGAAGGCAUCUUGGAACAACUCACCAAGGCUCUGGUCCAUUUGUAUGAGGAACCUGAGAAGCCGCGAAAUGCGUUGGAUUAUCUGCGUGACAAUUUUGCCGGUCGUGAAGAGCUCAAUGCUCAAAUCAACACCUUGAAAGAGGAAGCCGCUCAAUUAAAGAUUCAAUUGGACACCUCUAAUAAGGAGAAGCAAAAACUGGAGGAGGAUUUGAAGGCCGCCAACGAAGCCUUGGCCAAGGCCAAAGCCGCGACCGAGAAGGCUGUUCAAGAAGCUGCGGCUGCCAAAGAGGCCAAGGCCGAGGCCCCUCCGGCUGCUGCUACCACAGAGGCCGCUCCGGUUGUACCUGCGGCUAGUGCCGAGAAGAAAGCCGAGCCUGCUGUGGCUUCCGAGCCCAUGGAAAUGGAGACUGAUGCGGCUUCGGAUGCUUCUGUCACCACCCCAGCCGCAGCCGCUUCUCCCGACAAGAAGGCCGAAACUGUUGCUGAGACCGCUCCGGCCGAAGACGCCAAACCCGAUGCCUAAUUGUCCUUCCCUAUUUCGUUUCCGAUGUCUGUCACCCGCGUCUUCGGCUGAAGGGCGGAUUUUCUUUGUAUUCUUCCUCGAAAAUAAACCUGACAUGUUUUAAGCA